AAUUAACUAUCCCCACCAAUUUCUGUCAUGGCUGAUGAAGAAUUUAGCUCCCUGUGCGAGAGUAGAGAAGGACAUCGACCGCCUUGGCGCGUCGCUACAUUGACGGGACUGGGCAGCGGAGAGAGGCCAAUACCGAGAGCUGGUGAUUCGCCUUUCAUUGGUGAUACAAUUUCCGACCAAUCAUUGGGAAUACUGCAGUCGAAAAUAUCCAAUUACUGAUUUUGGAGAAUCAUGGAGCAACAGAUCUCAACUGCGGAUGGGCAGCAGAUGACAGUCAUGCAAACUGUCCCAGCUUCGGCUGCCCCACAGCAAGUCCAGGUGUUCCAAGUAAACCAGGGAGGCCACCAGGUUAUCCAGGGGGCUAGUGGACAGCCCAUAGUGGUACACUCUGUGCCAGCAGCUGGGCAGACUAUACAGAUACAGAGUGGCCAAGGCCUUCAACAGCUGCAAGUAGUACCUGUCCCUACACUGCCAAACUCUCCUGGCCAAAUAGUGAUCCAGCAACCUCAGCAGGCUCACAUCAUCCAGACUCCAGACGGACAGACAUUCAUAUACCAGCCAGCUGUGGAAAGUGCCGUGCAGCAGCCACAACCUACACUGAUCAAUGUUAACGGGAACAUCAUGCAGUUAACAAGUCCAGCAGCGCCUGUCCAAGCCGCUCCGGUGGCCAGCCCACCUGCAGCUCCGAGCAACACCAUUAUUAACACCAGCCCCCAGGCGCAACAGAACCAACAGAACUUGCUAAUGCAGGUUGGAGACCGAGGUGGGCAGUUUCAGCGCAUCCCCCUGCCUGGGACAGAGUUCCUGGAGGAGGAGCCACUAUAUGUUAACGCCAAGCAGUACAAAAGGAUACUCAAGAGGCGUCAGGCUCGGGCAAAACUGGAAGCUGAGGGCAAGAUACCCAAGAACAGACAGAAAUACUUGCACGAGUCUCGCCAUAAACACGCCAUGAACAGGAUACGAGGUGAAGGUGGAAGGUUCCAUUCUGGCUCCGUUAAAAAGAAGAAUGAACAGAAUAAUGCCAUGCAACACCAGUUCCAGGGUCGACUACAGGGCAUCUCCAUGGCAACCCUGGAUCAUACAGCCUUGGGUGCCCAACUCAUUAUCGAGAACCCUGACCAGCAGUACUGGAGUGUCUCUUAGAGCUCUUGGAAAAUUGUUUAGGGGUCGUCAUGCAGUCCGGCAGCUCCAACACAAUCCACCGAAAGCUUGUGAUAUUGUACAUACGUCGUCAUCGCACCUGUACAUACUUUAUUUAUUGUUACAAAUUUAGAUUAUUUCACUUAUUGUUUGCACAUUAUUUGUGUGUAAAGGGUUAUCACACUGAAUAACUUGUGUAGAAAACAAACAUGUAAAUUUAAGUUAUUAUUGAAACACAACAAGCCUAUUUGUAUAUAUCAGGUAUUUUCAAUUAAACUGUUAAGAUUGUCUGAACCAAUAAUACACUAGCUUUAAUAUGAUUAUUUUAUUUAAAAAAAUUUAAGGAUUGAAAGUUUAAAUAGUAAAUAUUUCUAUUGUAACUGGUUGACCUUUUGAGUUCUGCGACCAUUUUUAAAUUCCAGCUGCAGUUUAACAGACAAAUUGAUAAAGGAGAAUUUUAAAAAUAUGCUAGUUCUGUCAUACAGUAACAAGUUAUCUUUUGUACGAUAUAUAACAUUAUAAAAUGUUAGUAAUAUAUUUAGAAAAUAUCUUUCAGUAUUUUCUUAGAAUAACUUGAGAUUAUUCUUGUAGAAUAACACAUUAAAUAACACUCAUUCAACACAUUAAAUUCGUUAUUUGUUUCUAAUAGCCUACUUUAUAUCAGUAUAAACAUCAACAGACCACAAUUUUAAAUGUAUUUAUUGUGAAAUAAAUUGUUAUUUAAAAUGUAUACAUCCAGUAAGUAUCAUCUGACUAAAUCCACAAUAAUCUAAACAAGUAUAAAAAAAAGUUUUAUUACUUCAAAUACGUCAUAAAAUCCUAAAGGUUAACAUCAUAUGAAAAUAACAAAUGUAGGUAGAUUAUUUUAAAUUGUAAGCUUGUGUAAAAAGUGAUUAAAAACAAAUAAUCAUGUUAAAUGCUAAGUUCUUAACAUUUUGUUUCUAUGUCAACCAAAAAUGCUUAUUUAUUUUAUUGGAUUUUUUAAUAAUAAUAAAUGUAAAUACAUAAAUAGUUUUUAGCUGUAAUAAUUGUACUUACAUUUACUUCAUGUAGAUGUUAUUUUUUGUUAGUUUUAAAAAGAAUAUUGUUAUUUAUUUUCCAAAAUAUAUAAGGCAGGUUUAUGUAAAAUAAGUACUGUUUUGGUAUAUAAAAGAAAUUGAUUUAUCUUUCUAUAACAAUUUUACAUGAAAGCCCACAUUUUUAUCCACUUUUCUACAUAAUUGACGUCAAUAGUAAGGCACUUAUCAUAUCUAAAAACAACCUUUUGUGUACUAUCAUCUUAAAAGUUUGCCACCUGAUUUAAUAGCAACUGCAACACGAACAGUUUGACGCUUUUGUCAUCAUUGCGGCACUGACCUUCAAUAUACUUCUUCUGAUGAAAAAACAAGUGUUAGUCACUGGGCUAAAUUGGGGCUGUUUGGGAGACUAUCAAAUUGUUUCUAGCAAUUGUCUGUUCAUUUUCAUUUUAUCAUAUACUUUUUGCACCAAAUCGCUGAUGAUUAUUGAGGGUCGUCCACACCAUUUCUCAUCUUCACCAUUCUUUUGACCAUCUUUUAAAGUUCUAACUCUUUUGAGUGUCAUUCCGUAACUUAUAAAUAAUGUUUUUUAUUCACACUUCUCAAUACUGACAGUGAAUUUCAACAGCUUUCACGCCUUUAGUGCCAAGAAUAUAAAUAACAGCAAAUACUUCACAGUCGGUGGGAUUUUGGGGCAUUUGAAAUAUGCAUUAACAGAUGUAAAAAUGAUAAAUUUUUGCCGUACAAUUUCUAUAUCUGUGGCUUGCUAACAGCUGAAGAUAGAUAGUACACAAGCGUGGGACACAACCUCAGCACUGCAGCAGCGAAAUUUAAAAAUUGUAUUUACUUAAAAAACACGCCUUGUAUUUUAUUGAUGUAAUAUCUCUUGCUGAAAUCUAACAAUAGCAUUGUGAAUUAUUUGAUUACAUUUAUUUUCAAAAUUGUAUUUUUAGUUUUCUUCAAAGAAGGAACUACAGGCUUCUCAACUUCAUUGUGAUUAAGUAAUUCAUUCAUUAUUAUUGUUCAUUAACUAAAAUUAUUUUACACUAAAAAUCGCAAUAGAGAACGGUAUAGCUAACUUCACUCAAAAAUAAUAACAGUUAGUUAAAAAACUAAUAGUUAGCCUAAACUAUAAGAACCAGAUGUUUGUUUGGGCCAAUUAUUACUAUACUGUAAUGUAUAUUGUAACACAGAUUAAAAUCAAGGGAGGCUAAUAAAACAUUAAAAUUGAAAGCAAUUAGACAGUGUAUAGUAAUUUCUGUGUGUUCUUCAUUUUGGUUCACAAUCUUAUUACCUCAAAUUCUUCUGAUGUUGAUAACAUUUUAAAACUGGUGAAGAAAAGUUGCAAAUAAAAUUAAUUGACUGAGAUGUGAUUUAAACUGUUACAAUGUAUCAGCUGCAGAAUCUAAAUCAAAACAAUAUUAAAUAAAGUUUUUAUAGUUUAUAACUAACACGAACUUGUCAUUUUUACUCAAACGAAUUAAAUAAAAUUCAAAUACAUGUGAUAGGCAUUAUUGCAUUAUUUUACAAUUAUUUCAAUAUAAAAUUUUUGACACAUCCUUUGUUUUAAGUCCAUCUUUAAUCUAAAUAGAUUGCACAAGUUUAUGUUAUAACUUUUGAGAAAAUUCAUAUCUCUUUUAAGCUACCAACAUAUCAGUUAUCCAACUUAUUUUAAACAUUUUUGCUUUGUUCAAAUGAGUAUUUUUUUAUAUUUAGUUUUUAAAUUCAGUAUUGUAAUUUAUUGUUACUUAUGUUAAUGUUUAUCUAAUUUCCAUUUGUUAUUAGCAAAAUCGUCUUGUUAUGUUAUUCAUAUUUAGGACAUUGAGAAACAUUUGAGCAAUUGAUUAUGUUUUUAAAGUGGUUUGUGUAUUUUGCUAAAAAAUAUAUGAAAAAGUAUUAAAGCAUAAAAAUAAGUUGACACAUUAAUUACUUUUUAUGCUUUUUUAUAAUGUUUAUAUUG